AUGAGGAUCACGUGUUUUAUCACGGUGAGUGAACCGAUUGUCCCCGUGAAGAAGAACAACUUUUGCAGGAUAAGGAAAAUAAGAUCGCAAGAGGAAUUGGCUUUCAAAGAUGCUUCGCUAGAAAGGGAGAGAAAUCCCAUUCCUGAACCCCAUGCCAAUGUAUUUUCCGCCUUACAAGGGUCUCACACGCCGGUGCGAAUCGAGGCUACCCCAAAGCCCAAGAAGAUCCGCGAGUCGCAGCCUGGCACUCAACAGCAGCAGCAGCAGCAUCAUCAUUACAACCGUACUCGAUCGAAGCGACUGAUGAAGCGUUUGAAGACCCGUUCGGUCCUCGGGACGUCACUGGACGUGGACGACAAUCAUCUGUCGGAGCUGGUUCCAGACCCGAUUCACAAAGUACACAAAGAAGAUGCCAUCCGCAUCGAACCCGUGGUGCGCGUCAACAAGAAGCACAGUAUCUUCGAUUCCAUCGUGGAUAUUGUGCAGCAACUGCUUUCCCCGACAAAGGACGAACCGGGCCCGCUCGUCGGGCCCAUACAGAUACCGGGCUCUGGACGUAAGAUCUACGUGCGUCUGAUGGAGCCGGUCGAGGCGAGUCACGUGAUGGUCCGGUUCAUCACGCAGGUGCCGGUGCCGACGGCCGAUUCGGAGAACAAGCCCAUUUUUAGACUCCCGCCUGUUCUCCAUCCCGCGGACGUGCUUCUGCGUCAUGCUCACGGCUCGCAUCACGGACACCACACCUUGUCAGCGAGUAACACCCGCUUUGAAUCGCUACCAUCGAAUCGCUACCGCGUAAUACAUUCGCCGCCGCAAAACAUCAGCUUCAACCAUGCUCCCGUCAAGGAAGAAGGAGUGAAAACUCCACUGUUGCACGACAAAUCGAUAGUCUUCCCGAGCUCACCUCUGAAGAGCCCCACGAAGGAUCUAGUGGAAGAUGUAAGCGACACAGAUGACGAAGAUGAGCCUUUAAGGAGCCCAGCGGCGGUGCUUAACAAGGUCGAACUGCCGAAUACGCGGGCGAGGCCCAUGACUAAUGAGCAGCAACUGCCGUUUGAUCCUUCGGAUGCAUAUUAUCAAUUCCAAUCAGCCGAGAACAUCGUAAAGGAUCUGCUAAAUCAGACGAGCGUCGAAAACGAGACAACCGUUGGGAAUGCCGAUGGUGGCACGAAAGUGCCCGCAGAGCCCUGGCACCAGCUGAGCACGUACCGAUUGCCUCUCCGACAGGUCGCCCCCUUGUACCCGCUCACGUCACUGAAGCACACCGAUCCUUCGAGCUCCUCCUACGCGGAUACGUACAAGGUACCGAGCGACGUCCUCACUGGUCCGAGCUCGUACUCGAGCUCGAGCUACGAGCGCUACCACGAUGCUAGCGCGGCGUCGGGAUUCGUUUCGAGUUCUCGCGAGCAUCAGGAUUACAGCGCACCGGACUCUUACUCGACGCCCUUUAACAGCAAGCCGAGCGAUGAUUACAACGUGCCUAGCGCUUUUUCCACUCCUUAUCGACAGAAUGAGUUCAGCAAUGUCCCAAGCCCUUACUCGGCCUCUUACGAGAAUGAGCUUGGCAGCGUGCCGAGCUCGUACUCCGCCUCUUCCGAGAGGCAGAACGAUCUCCUUAGCGCUCCCAGCUCGUACUCCGGUUCCUACGAGAGAGGUACCGUUCCGCUCUCAUCAAGCUCUUACGAGAGCUUCCGGGGGAGGCAGAGCAGCGUUCGGGCAACCUCCAGGCCCUAUGCGGCCUCGUACGAGAAGGAAAAUAACAGUGAGACUGCUCCGGGUUCGCACGACGCGCUACGCGUCAUAGAUCCGCCUUACUUCUCCGGUUAUCCUCGACAGUCUUCGGAGAACCGGGAUGCCGAUCGAUCGUUCGAACGUACGACAACGCGACAACCGCGCUACAAUCCGCGCAACAUCAAUGAGAUAAUCUCCAGCGUUGGGCAGAGCGACGAGUCUUCUCGUCUUAAGCAGGUGACAUGGGGUAAGCCGAAGCCACAAAAGAGCGAGUCGCCGACAAACUUGCGGAACAGCUUCGAGAUCUCAGCCGAGGUCGAGAAUAGCAGCGAGAACUGGCAACCAGUCGUGUACGCGCACGAGAAUGCGGGUUGGCACGAGGCAUUUGCCGAUCUAAUAGGCCCGGAAAGUGAUGGUUAUCGCGAGACGACAAGGUACCAGCAACAUCAACAGCAGCAGCAAUGGCAACGGCAACGGCCACGACAAAAGCCGGCCGAUUGGCCGCAGAAGACCUCGAGCGAAAGGGGUAAGCGGCGGGAUCAACGUCAGAACGGCGUGAAAGCCGCGAGCACGCAAAGUCACAGAUGCUCAAGCAAGGAUGAGAGUAACGGAUGCGAGCGAACGAGAGCCACGACUACUUCAACGCCAGGUCCAGAGAAGAUAACGAGGAUCGUCGUCGACGAGCAGACGCCGCGAUCGAUCACUGAUUCGAUCCCCGAAAUCAUCCCGGAGUCGACGGCGGCGAGCAACGUGAUCGAGACGGAUGCGUUGAAACUAGACGCCAGCACGGAGAUCCCGACGACGAGCACGACGACGAGCAACGUAACGGUAAAACCAUCGCCGUUGAUCAGGACGACUAAGAGUUCUGCGACGAACAAUUUAACGGAGAGACCAGCGCUGCUGAUCAAGACGACCAAGAGUACUUCGGCGAACAGUAUAACGGAAAAGCUAUUGUCUUUAAGAACGAUCAAGAACCCCAUAGCGAGCGGUAAGGUAAGAUCGACCGCGAUGGGCAAAUCGACGAGCGACACGACAGAAGGGAAAAGCACGACGACGUCUGCACCGAGAAGUACCACGAUGAAGCCGCUGCUGCCGAAGAGGCCCAUGAUAAUGAAGAAAUCGAUGCUUAUAAUGAAUCGAAGGGGAUUCGAACUGGGCAACACGACGCAGAAGCCGGCGACGAGUAGCACGACGACGAAGAGAACGUUCACUGCGAGGAAGUCGAAAUUCCGGAGCGCGAUCGCGAGGACGAAGUCGAGUACUACUUGA